UUUUUGCUAAUUUGAGCUAUUUUAAAAAUUAUUUAAUUCAUAAUUAUAGACACUGUUUUGACUUGUUUAGUACCACAACAGCGCACAAACGUGUUGUGAGUUUUAACAAGUAAGUUCUUUUCCGGAAAAAUGCCUUUCAAAAGGUUCGUCGAAACAGGGCGAGUGGCCCUCGUUGCAGAUGGUCCACACAAAGGAAAAUUGGUUAGCAUUGUAGAUGUCAUCGAUCAAACACGGGUUUUGAUCGAUGGACCAGAAACUAAAGUUGCUCGUGGUGAAAUCAGACUUAGCCAACUUCAUUUAACCAAAUUCCGUUUAAGAUUCCCGUAUACUGGAAGCACUCGAGUUGUACGUAAAGCAUGGAAUGAUGCUAAAAUCAAUGAAAAAUGGAGUGAAAGUGUUUGGGCUAAGAAAACUGAAGCUAAGAAGAAGCGUGCGGCUAUGGGAGAUUUCGAUAGGUUUAAAUUGCGUAAAGCACGUUCCCGCAGAAAUAAGAUUCGUACCACAGCAUUCAACAAUUUAAGGAAGAAAUCAUCCAGAAAUGGUUCCUUAUAUGGUAGAAAAUGUAAAGGUGGUGACAAAUCUAAACCUAAAAAGGAAGCAAAGAAGAAAGUAGCAGGAGCUGCAGCCCCAGCACAAGCUAAAGCUGCUCCAGCCGCUAAACAAGCAAAACCCAGUCAACCUAAAGCGGCAAAACCACAGAAAAAAGCUGAAGCAAAACCAGCGCCAGCUAAAAAAUAGUUUGUUAUAAAUAAAUGAAUAAAAAUAUUUAUAUAAAAUUAA